AAGAGACCCCGGGGUGGCACCUGGCCCCGCGCCCGCCCCAGGGGACCUCGCUGUGGUGACAAGAUGAGCAAGGCCCAGCAGAGCCAGGAGCCGCUGUCGGAGCUGGAGAAGGCCAUGGACGUCAUCAUCGACGUCUUCCACCAGUACUCGCGGCGGGAGGGCGACAGGGACACCCUGACCAAGAAGGAGCUCAAGCUGCUGAUUGAGAAGCAGCUGGCCAAUUACCUGAAGCACGUGAAGAACAAGGCCACCAUCGACCAGAUCAUGAAGGACCUGGACGUCAACAAGGACGCCCAGAUCAGCUUUGGGGAGAUGAUGCUGCUGGUCACCCGUGUCACCUGCGCCACCCACGAGCACCUGCACGAGGUGGAGGACCACCAGCACCACCACCAGCACCAGCACCACCACUGAGCUCCUUCCCUCCCCUCCGAGGAGUCCUGGACCUUGGAGAAGGUUCCAGAGCUGAACCCGGCCUUAAAUCCUCCUUCCUCCCCUUCCUCCUCCUCUUCCUCCCAGCACCGUCAUUUUGCUGCCAAAUAAAGAUUUCCAAAGCUCUC